CACCUGUCACACCGAGAUUUCCUGCCACACAGUGUGAACUAUUCAAGGCUUUCACUCGUAAGGUAAACACUUUCGGCAUCAGUUCGUUUCGAAAUCAGAAAACAAAAAUUAUAAUAAUUUCUAAAACAAUUCCCAGAGUUUUUAAACUAGAAUUUAUAGGGAUCUGAAGCCGGUGCUAUUAAGUCCAUCAGCCAAAAUGUCUAUGACCCGAGUCAUUAGGAGCACCUCUCUGCUUCUCUCCCAGCCCCGUAUUCUGAUUCCCUUGCAAAUACUGCGGGAAAAGGCUGACUACGGAAAAACCGUGAGCAAUCUUAAGAUCAAUAAGGAAACAAAGCUUCUGGUGCAAGGUUUUACUGGCAAGCAGGCCACCUUUCAUUCGGAGGCAGCACUCAAAUACGGCACAAAAGUCGUGGGUGGAGUCUCUCCCAAAAAGGGUGGCACAGAACAUCUGGGCAAGUCCGUGUUCGCCUCGGUCUCGGAAGCGGUAGAUGCGGUAAAGCCAGAUGCCACUGUAAUCUUCAUACCACCACCUACCGCUGCCGAAGGUAUUUGUGAGGCGAUCGAGAGCGAGAUCGGCCUAAUCGUCGCUAUUACCGAGGGCAUACCGCAGACGGAUAUGGUUCGCAUUAUGCAGAUGCUGCACUCACAAGAGAAGAGUCGGUUGCUGGGUCCGAACUGUCCAGGUAUAAUCUCACCGGACCAAUGCAAGAUCGGAAUCAUGCCAGGGGAUAUCCACAAAAGAGGCUCCGUGGGCAUUGUUUCUAGGUCGGGAACGCUAACCUAUGAGUCGGUGCAGCAGACCACCAAGGUGGGCCUUGGACAAGCCCUUUGCGUGGGUUGUGGCGGCGACCCCUUUAACGGAACUAGCUUUAUUGACGCCCUCCGUGUCUUUUUGCCUGACAAGGAAAUCAAGGGAAUUAAAUUAAUUGGGGAGAUCGGGGGCACCGCGGAGGAGGAAGCGGCGGACUACCUACAGAAGAACAAUACAGGCUAUGAGGCCAAGCCGGUAGUGGGCUUCAUCGCCGGCCAAACUGCACCCCCAGGACGUCGGAUGGGCCACGCCGGCGCUAUUAUAUCUGGCGGUAAGGGCGCUGCCAAAGACAAAGUGGAAGCCCUUCAGAAGGCUGGCGUCCGGAUGACGACAAACCCUUGCCAUCUGGGAUCCACGCUGCUCGAAGAGAUGAUACGCCUAAAAUUGGUCCCAAAGCCGGAUGGAAAGGUUUCAGCGGGUAAAAAAUAGGCAGGAGAGAAGUG